AUGAUGUUUUUGAAUUUAACAAAGAAUCGUCAAUUCCCAUAUCUCGGUUUCUGUGGCGUGUCCUUCGUUUUUACUUUGACUUCAUUAGUAGUCAGCAUCAUCUCAGCUUUUGUUGGAGGAUGGAUUCAAGAAGGACCAGGUGUCUAUAUAGCCUCGUUCGAUAAAAAUCCAGAAUACGUUUGGAUCAAUACAUUGUUCCAAAUCGCCAUAAUGAUAACUGAGUUAACGACUUUGCUUCUGCUAGCUCUUUUCAUUUACACGGAAAAAGAAACUUUGAAACGACUCUCUUUGUCUGUUGCCAUAGUUUCACUUAUUGUAUCAUUAGAGCUGUUAAUUUUUGUGAUGAUAUGGUAUCCUCCUCAGGCGAUGGAACAUCAAAGCAAAUACGAUCCAGAUCACGAAGUGGUGCUUUCUUCCUUUUAUUGGAAUCUGUUCUUCGUGGUAAUCUGCGACGCGUUUGCAAUCACGAAUGCGAUUCUUACAUUCAAAGAAUACAAUGCAUUCACUCAAUAUAUUCCGGCACAGGCGAUAUACCAUACUCCUAAGUUUGACAAUGACGAGAAAAAAGGACUCUAUAUCGGCUUGAGAUAUUGA